CCGCGGCCACUCCGCCGGCACCGCGACCUCGAGGCACACGCGCGCCAUCGCUCGCUACGCGCAGCAACGCCGGCCCCUCGCGGCCAGGAGCCCUCCUAGGCGCUUCCGACACCCUCACUCUCGACACUUCACCACCGGGGGCUUACCGCCACGGACGCCGGCGUUCGCACACAGGGCUCGCCGGAUAAAAGAGAUGGAAAUCGUGCCCGAAGGGAAAAACUUUCGAUUGGUUUCAGAAGACGAGCUUCCAGCAGUGGCUGAUGUUUUAGUACAGUAUAUGCCUGAAUCUUUAAAGUUUCAUCAAACGAUUCAAACAUAUCUAAACAACAAGGUGUGGGACUUCAACUUUUAUGUAGCGAAGAAUUGGCCAGAGGACCCGAUUUGUCUGCAUUUCCCCGGCUGCACUAGUACGCCGAAUAAAACUACAUACGAGAGCGUGACAGUGUUUUGUCCUUCGGAGCGCUCAGAGCUGGUCGACUUGCUGACGUCAGAAGACAUUCUCUUAGACCUGACCCAGCCGUUGUACCUGAACUUUACUCACGAGGCCAUCGUCGAACGCUUGGAGAGGCACUAUGAGGGGCACGACAAGAUUACUGGCGAUGUCUACGUCUGCGAGAACCCACCUAAAGACGACAGUACUGAUGGGCUGGCACAGGACGUGGAGUUAGUGCGCCUGCAGCCGGAGCACAUGAAGGCGGUGCACGACCUGUACCCGGCCAGCGACAUCGAGUGCCGCGAGGUGUUCGAGAAGCUGGUGGCCGAGCUGCCCGCCUACGGCAUCUUCGUGGAGGGGCAGCUGGCCGCGUGGAUGGUGCAGUCGUACUACGGCGCCAUGUUCUCCAUGCAGACGCGGCCCGAGUUCCGGCGCAAGGGCUACGGCAUCUACCUGGCGCGGCGGCUGACGGCCGAGGUGGCGGCGCGCGGCUACAAGCCCUUCGUGGUGAUCCGGCCCGAGAACGCGGCGUCGCGCGCGCUCUACACCAAGCUGGGCUUCACGCGCGCCUUCCGCACGCAGCGCGCCGUCAUGCGGCCCCGCUAGCCGCCGCCCACACUACCAGAUUUUAUUUUUUUAAGACUUUUGAAUAAAAUCAAUUUAGCUUGCGAUCUUUGAUCGUCUAGAAAAUUUUAGUAGUAGCUUUAAGAUGGAGCGGCUAGUGCUCUCGGUCCGACCCAAGUCGAUACGACAGGUGUUAGCUCCGUUUUGCGCUUGUACAUGCUGAUAAUUCGAAUCAUUCCAACAAUAAACAUGGCGUCUGCUUCUUAAUAAUCUGUGGACCCAAGAGUGUGUACAAGCGCAGUUAGACUUCUAUAGGGCCUCUGCGAUAUUUUUCUGCCGUUAGCGUUUUUAAUCUCCUAGUAUUUACUUCUUAUUGAUGACAACGAAUGGCUUUCAUGUUGGGCGCUACUUACAAGCCUGCCUACAUUUUGAUACGUAUCUAUUAAAUAGCUAAUGCCUCUUCACUGCGCUUCAAGUCAGAUUCGAGAGCUGUAGCCGUUUGCUGCGUUCUCUGGCGCUAGCCUAGUUACUGAUAUCAACAAUAUCCGUGAUUGCAAAUACUUGGAACUCACCAAAUCAGAUUACAAUCAACCUAACACCUUCUACAUGUAGCUUGAGUCAGUUAGAACAAAAAAGAUUGCGAUCCGUUUCCCAGUAUUUGUGAACACGGUAACUCUACUCAUUUAGGCGAACGCUUCAUUACCACUCGUUGACCGAGCGAAAACUGUUCUGUCUCAUGGUUUAUAAAAUUUUUGGGACCCGUUAUGAUCUGUGUGAUAAAAAAGGUGUUAGUUCUUAACAUUGACGUACUUAAAAAUGUAUAAAAAUGAGAAAGAAAGGUAGCCGUCGUUGCACCCAGUUUGCACAAUUCGAAAAAUUUAAUCAAGCACCUUUUAAAAGACAAAGCAACAAAAAAAUUAAAUAAACAUGUUAAAUGAAAACGUUUAUGUAAGUAUAAUGAAAAUGGAUUCAGUAAAAGCGGAGGGAAGAAGUGAACAUUAUUUUAUUUUUAUUUUUUAAGUUCAAAGAAAUGUGAUUUGCUAAAUAAUCAUUAUAACCGUAAGUAUACCUGUUGUCUAGAUAUUUUCAUAAACAUAGAGUUAAAAAUUUAAAUAUAACGUGACUAGUUUUCAGUUAGUUAUUAUUAGUUUUUUUUAUAGCAAACAAGCUUUAUAUCAAGUACAUGGGAUAAAUCAUUUAAAAUUUGAUACGAAAAGUAGAUAGGUAUUUUAAUACGGGAAUGUAUUUUACUAUUAUAUCGACGUAUUGUAAUGAAAAACGUUUGCUAUUCUUAUGUAUACCCAAAUAUGAAUUAGAAAUAUUAAUUUAAUCAUCGAUUUUUACCUUAUAAUGGAUAUUAUUGUGUGAUAUGAUAAUAUUUAUUGCUUUUUGAAUAAUUUUAUAUUAAUUUGGCCAAUUUGUAGUAUUUAUUGUCUUCCUAAGACAUUUGAUGAAAUACUAGGUAUGAUGGAACUGGUCUUAUGACAAAAGCGGGUAGUAAGUAAAAAAGACGCGUUUAUAUUACAUACGAAUAUGUAAUAAAUACUUCAUGAAUUCCAUUAGUUUCUCCGUGUUCUGGUCGGAACUGCACCUGUAAUUUAUAUGAUUGCAACACUGAAUUAUGAUUGGUUUAAAAAAAAAUUGGCAAAGGGCCUGAAAUUGUAAAUUUAUUGCUCAAUAAUUGGAGCUUCCGAUUAUUAAAUUCAUAAAAGGAAAAUUAUUGCCAAAUUAAUGAUUGUGUAUUGUUCUUGCAUUUUAUUGUAAUAAUUGUUUAAAAAGAAUGUGCUUGUCUUUGUUUGUGUCAAAGUUAUUUAAAACUGGAUGAAAGGAUAAAAAAAAAUCUAACCUGCUAACUUCAUUGUUUUAUCAUCUAAUUUAGUAUUUUUCUUAUAAACAGGUGGUAUGCCAGUCAACUGUUUUAAUGUUCAACUGUUUAUCUGAAAACAUAACAUUCAUACGAACCAUACAAUCAUGCUAAAAGCUUCCCUACAUACAAGUAGGUACAUGUCAAAUAAGUAGAUCGAGAUUUCUUAAAAAUUAUUAAUUGUAAGUACAUUUUCUCUGAACACCCUUACCUACUUACUUAUGUACCUAAAUAAAUAUAAACUAAAGUAAAAGGACUCGUUCCGUCCUGUAAGCUGCAGUUGACCUGAUUCGCAGUGUGUUUCAAUGAUACAGAAAAUUAUAAAGAAUGUAGUUCCAUUCUGUAUUGUUUAUCAGUUUAUCACUUACCAACCUUGCAAAGGUGUUGAAACAAUAAAAACUAAACCUACUA